AUGGAGACAAUAGCAAACUAUCUCUCGCUUCCCGCAAUUGCGGAGUUCAUCACCGCAUACGAGACUAAGCCAAGCGCUGAGAAUGCAAAGAUCAUGGUGAGCGGUCUCCUCACUUACGCCUUCGAUUCGAAUGAUGGCUGGAUCCUCAAGUGGCAAGAGGAUGAGGAGAACAACCACUCAAACUGCUUCAUUGUGAGAGCCGUUGGCGAAGACAGGUCCCUGCACGCCAUCGUGAAGGUUAUUCUCGACCCCACUGGCUUAAUCAAGGACAACUGGGAUGAAUCCGUUCCUCGCUUGAUCAGUGCCCCGCUCCCCAGUGAGCGAUGCUGGGCCAUCCUCAUCCGUGGCAUCAAAGUCCGACUUUACGAAUACCAUCGCGACCAAAAGCCCGACGACCGUCUGGUUCCCUGCGACUUCAAGAUUGCCGACAAGAAAAAGCAUGCAGUCCACAUUCGCAGAAAUGCUGAUGCAAUCAACAACCUUCUCACCAGCAUCCCUAACCAGGUCCCCCGGCCACUCGAGGAAGGCGAACACGGCAACCCGGCCCCGAAUGACUCUGCCACUGACAUAGCAACCGAGUCGCAGGUUUCCCUGGAUGAUACUCUUGAGACUGUCCCUACCUCUGGCGCGUACGUGGAGUCAUCCUCUGAGGAUCCUCCCACUGAGGCUAGCAAGGAAAAGAAGCCCACUAGUGAGGACAAGACGCCCAUCGAGGCUGAGCCUGUCACUGAGCAUGAGGCCGCUAUCCAGACCAAGACAGCAAUCGUGGCCGAUACUACUACCUCGCAGACCAAGCGUACCACCGAGGCUAACGGAACCCAGGCUAAGAUCACCUCUCAAGCCAAAGCUGCACUUCUAGCUAAGGCUGCUGCGGGGAUCAGGAGUACUACUCAAGCCAAGACUGCUACUCAGGCUAAGCCUGCUGCGGGGAUUAAGACUGCUAUCCAAGCCAAGACUGUUACCCAAGCUAAGGCUACUCUGCUAGCGAGGGGGGUUUCUGGGAUGAAGAUCACUCCGAAAAUCAAGCCUGCGAACGUGACUGAGGUUGUGGGACAGACAGGCACAAACUAG